AUGACGUACAGCGAUGGCGUCGAUAAGACGGUGCCUGAGCUGAAUUUGAGAAUCGAGGAUCCCGAGAAUGGAGAUUAUGUGAAAUUACGAGGAUCGGAAGAAGAAGAAGGAUCUCCGGCAGAAUCAUCAGGAUGUUCGAUAGGGUCGGCGACAUCUGUCUGGUUCUGGGUGAAGUUGAUCUCCCUGGUCGCUUGUUUGGGUGUAUUGGCCUUUGUAAUUAUUAAAUGGAUUGGUCCAUUUUUGAUCGAAAAGGAGCUGAUUCCGUUUAUAAAUUGGGUGAGAAGCACAUUCAGCAUCCCGGUGCUUGGUCUUCUCCUCUUUGCCUCAGUGGCAUUGUUCCCAAGCAUUCUUCUUCCUUCUUCUCCUUCCAUGUGGAUGGCCGGUCUUACAUUUGGCUAUGGAAAUGGGUUUCUAUUGAUUUUGUCAGCUGCAUCGAUCGGUGUUACUCUUCCUUUCUUAAUCGGACAUCUCUUCCUCCACAAGAUGCAAGAAUGGUUGAAGAAUUACCCGAAAAAAGCAGCCAUACUUAGAGCCGCCGGCGAAGGAACCUGGUUUCAUCAGUUUCAAGCAGUCACGCUGAUCCGCGUGUCGCCAUUCCCUUACAUGAUUUACAACUACUGCGCAUUAGCGACUGGAGUUCACUAUGGUCCUUACAUCUUAGGCUCUCUUGUUGGAAUGGUUCCUGAGAUCUUUGUCUCAAUCUACACGGGAAUAAUGCUGAGAACACUGGCAGUUGCAUCAGACGAGAGACACAGUCUUUCGGCUGUGGAGAUAGUAGUGAAUGUUCUUGGCUUCUGUAUAACUGCGAGUGCGACUAUAGUUUGCACAAUCUACGCGAAGAAGAAGCUGAGCGCGAUGCAAUCAGAGGAAGUAGAGACAUCAUAA